CAAAAGAUGGCUGAAGGAAGAAGGGUCUUGGCGAGCCUGUUGCUGGCAGCUACGCUGUGCUGCGGGCUGGUGGCCUCUUCGUGCCCCUGCAGCGUCCCCUCCCUCUGCGAGCCCAUCAAGGGGGUGCGCGACAAAGAGGUGCUAGGUUUUGUGACGUCAGAAACCAACUGGCCGGGCUACAACUGGACUCUGCUCACGACCGUGGCUCUCUUCACGGGAAUGAACGACACGCUCCUCUGCUACGCCCACUCCAAGGGCGUCCGCGUGGUUCUCUCGGCGAACUACGACACCAGCAAACUGAACGAUCCCUCCAGCGUCAAAGAGUGGAUUGACAAUAACCUGAAGGCGGUGCAGUCUCAGUUUGCAGACGGUCUCAACAUCGACAUUGAGGGCGAGCUCCGAACAGUACCGAGCAGCAGGAGCUACUCACCCAACUAGUGAGAGACACUGUUGCCGCGUUCAAGAGUGCCAACGACGACUACCAGGUGACGUUCGACGUCGCCUGGUCCCCAGACUGCAUCGACGGACGCUGCUACGACUAUGUCGCAAUCGCCGCUGCUGUCGAUUUUGUCGUGGUGAUGUCGUACGACGAACGGAGCCAGAUACUCGGGGCCUGUACGGCCAGUGCAAACUCUGCUCUACCCACGACCAUCGUCGGUCUCCAUGGAUACACACAACUGGGAAUUCCCCCCGAGAAACUGGUUUUAGGUCUCCCGUGGUACGGCUAUGACUACCCCUGUCUCUCCCUAACAGACGAUAGUGUCUGCACCAUACCCAAAGUCCCAUUUCGCGGAGUUAACUGUAGCGAUGCGGCAGGGACGCAACGACCGUACAAUGAGAUCGUGAGACUCAUUCAGGCAUCGGUGUCGUUUGUGCAGUGGAACGCGUCACUCGAAUCCCCGUUUUUCAAUUACAGGGCAACGAGCGGGGAGUACCACCAAGUCUGGUUUGACGAUACCGAAAGCCUGUCGCUCAAGUACGACUACGCCGCACGGGUCGGUCUCUACGGGCUGGCCUUUUGGAAUAUUGACUCGCUCGACUACAACGGCACCCAGUACGAUGAUUUUCUCACGAGGGAAAUGUGGGAGACAAUUCUUGUGUUUUUCGAUGUGUAGUAUAAAAACUUUACCCUGUAUCUCUUGACAAUACUGAGACUGUAUGUAGUUCUGUGCAAGAAAAUUGAUUUUCUCAACAACA